AGGUCAAUCACAAGCUUAAUCUACCAUAGGGACCUUUCUCCUUACUGCAUGCUCGCACUGUCUGCGGCACUGUAUGCUAAGCUAGGCCAAAUCCAGUGUCUGGUCCAUUUCAGAGAGGGAGUAUGAAAAUCAAUGAGCGGAAAAUGCCGGAGACCCUGUUUGAUUUCACUUACAUCACUUAUAUCAGGAAGGUGCUGAUGUUCCUUGCAACAGCACCUGAAAUCCCACGAACGACAAAACUCAAACACAUGGCCAAGUGCACGAAAUGGAAACCGUGGAAGACGGUUGCCGUGCUGCAAGCAGCAUGUCGCGCGCGCCAGCUCGAUACCUGCGGCUGUGUCAUUAAGAAGGAUUACUGCCGGGUGCUGAAUGACUGGGAGGAGGCGCAAGAAGUCACCGCAGCUGAAGUCACUGAGCCGCCGUGUACUGCGAACGAGAUACCGAGCCACGAGUCUCACAAGCGGCACGACUCGAAAGAGAUCGCGCCGACUGACACUACGAAUCUCACCAACAAGGAGUCGCUGCACACCAAUACAACUCCUCGUCCUCGCGAGCCGCGCGCCCGCACCACGCGACAAGACCUCCGUAACGCCCGCGCCGAGCUCCUCUCCCUCCACCAAAAACUCCCGCUGGCACUCGCACAAGCGCAAAAAGCGCACAUCAGCCGCUUGAAGAUCUCUCCAGAAGGCACAGUCGUGCCUCGCAUCAGCGAGCUUCGCGCCGGAAUUCUGCUCUUCGACGUAGAAAUGGUACACGAGGAAGACAUACCCCAUUACUGCAAAGCCACCUUAUCUCAAAAAAUCUGGUUGGAAUUCGAACUACAGCAAUUCUUCAACCUCAUAAUCGAGAUACAGAGCCGGAAUUCUCGUGAUACGAAACUCGUGGAACAGGACUCUGGCGGACAAUUGAAGGAGAUGUUGAAGCUGGUGGAUCAAUUGGUUGCGAAGCGCAAUGAGAUUUUGGAGAGAGCUUAUCGUUCUAACAAUGGUGCCAAUGUGGAGGAUUAUACAAAUUGGCCUCUCAGUUUCGAUAUGAAAACGGAAGAUCUCAGGGACGAGGCUACGAUGACUCGGCGUCUACGAGAAUUGCAGAGAGAAAUUGAAUGGUUGGAGGGCGAUUUGGCGAAAUGGGAAGCGGCGAUUCGGGAAUGGGAGGAUUUGAUGGGUCGGGAGAUCUCUUUUUAUUCUUUGCCCUUUCUUUUUUGA